AUGGCACCGUUUGGACUAAGAGCACUUCCUUCCCCCAAGUCUCAUGUGAACAGACACAACAUCACCAAAAUCCGAUUGAUGGGUUCGAUUCGCCUCUUCUGGUUACACAAAGUUGUCGUGAUAUUCAACUUUGUUUAUGUUCUACAACACUUACUGUUCAGUGUGACUGAACCACAACUUAGGACAAAGCCUUCUAGUGUAUCAGAUGUUGUGGAUGCACCAGAGAUUCUAGCAGUGAUUGGAAAGAUUCCAUUUUUAUCAGAAUUUAUGAACUCUCUGUACGAGUGUCAAUAUAAAUCAUUCUUCUCUGCUUUUGUUGGGAUCACUGAGCAUAUUAACUUGGAUCGGUAUUUGCAUCUACACUUUUGUUUUUACAUGAGAGAGAUCAGGACAGUUGUGUAUUCUCAGUUCCUGGAAUCUUACAAGAGUGUCACCAUUGAAGCCAUGGCAAAGGCGUUUAGUUUAUAG